CUCAACCGUAUCGAACUGCAGCCAACUGCGCCGCUUAGUCUGACCUCGAAUUGUCUGGGCCCUGAUAAAGUUGGCCAGGGGGCAUUCUGCACCCCUUGCUGCAGUGUUCAGUCGAUCCAUUGUUCAUUAAUGUCCCGCAUUCCCCUCGUUUUUGCUUUUGCUUUGCCUUGGUUGUUAAAAACUUUCUAUCUGGUUUAUUCUACCUUACGUUGCAGGCUCUAAGGGCCAUAGCCCUCCAGUAUGCCGCUCUACUCGGACGCCCCCGAUGCGCGCCAGUUCUACGAGGAUAAGCCGACGCUGCUUGUAUCAUGGUGGAUCACGGUCUUUUGUGUGGCCAUCAUCCUGACGCGAAUGUCGGGUCGAUACGUACGAGUCGAGAAGUUACUCAAGGAGGAUAAGAUCGCUGCUGGUGCACUUAUACCGCUGGUACUACGAGCUGUCUGUGUUCAUUUUGUGCUCAAGAAUGGAACGAAUAAUGUCAACUUGGAUGGAUUGAAGUUGAGUGCUGAGGAUAUUGAUAAGAGGAUCGUUGGGAGUAAGAUGGUGCUUGCGAGUCGAGUCUUCUAUGCUUCCAUUCUUUGGAUCCUUAAACUUACGACGCUUGAGUUCUUUGAACGUCUUGCUGGUGCUACUCGACGCAGGUCACAUCGCAUAAUGAUCCACGCCAUGCGCGCAACACUCGCCGCUACAUUCCUCGCUGUUGUUAUAAGCGACCUUGCAGAAUGUCAACCUUUCCCUCGUUACUGGCAGGUCACACCCGACCCUGGGCCUCAGUGCCGUCAGGGGUUCGUGCAAAUGCUCACCAUGGGCGCUUGCAACGCCUUUACCGAUCUUGUCCUCAUCGCCUUUCCCAUCCCCAUCAUCCUCUCCACCCAAAUCGCCACCAAGCGCAAGGUCCUUCUCAUCAUGCUCUUCAGCUUCGGUUUGCUUACUGUCGGUAUUACAUUAUAUCGUAUACCCCGCAUCAUCGAAGCAAACGGGAGUCAAGUCGUUCGUACAAUGUGGGCAUCAAUUGAGAUCCUCGCCGCCACAGCAGUCGGCAACAUCGUCGCGCUAGGCUCAUUCCUCCGCGACAGCGGUGUCAAGCGCAAGAAGUUCAAAGAGUCAAACAGCUACUCCGGCUAUUCCAACUCGCGCUCUCAGUCGCAACCUACAAAACUUACCCGCACGGCACAUAGUCAGUGGGAGGAUGAGGAUCAUGUUCGCACGACAGAGGGGAUCUGGGCAAAGUCGCAUGACACAAGCGAUUCAAUUUCUAAAGAUGAAGAUUUGCGAAAGUCGGGUGAAAGACCUGUUAGUCCGACGCAGAGUCACGAUUCGCUUAUUACGCGGGAUCAAUUGACUGGGUCGAUGGACCGUGAUGAGUUUGCGUAUCAGCAACCGCCGACGGCUGUUAUCGCGGGAGGAUCUAGACAGGUUCAGCGCGCGCAGCCGACGAGGGAUAAUUGAAUGCGAUAAUUAUGUAUAUUAGGACAUGACAAUAAUCACGAUUUACUUUGUUGAUACCGUUGGUGGCUUGUCAGUGAUUACAUGAUCCUCUCAUGUAAGCGACCGUUUAUUGUACGUAAUAGCUCAC